AUGAACAACAACGUCAAUAGCUGGCAAUGGGGCCAGCACGCUGCUCCUGCCCCUUUUGGCGCCUUCUCUGCUAGUCCAAGUCGUGGUCAGCAUGGUGCCAAUUUCGACCGAAACGCUGUGAUUGGACCUUAUCGCUCAUAUAACCUCGUCGUUCGAGAUUAUCUUGUUGGCAACUUGUCCACGUCACACUUACCUCCUGUUUACAGGGGAAAUCCCUAUGAGCAUAGGGCUACAUCCUCUAACAUGAUCGGGGUAUCUGGCGGUCCAACUGCCUAUUCUGCUCUUAAUGCGGUUGCUGCUAACGCAACUGAUACCAACGAAGCUAUGCGGGCACUAAGCCGUCUAGAUCUUGAUGCGGCUAACCGUAGUCAAGGUCCUACUUGGGAAAACACGCCAAUGGACAUGGUUUCGAUCUAUAUCAAGGGAGAGGAUGGCUCAAUCGACGGCCCUCCUUUUAACCUCCACAAGUCGUUCUUCACACAUCUUUCACCAUACUUCGACGCUGUUUUCAACUCUAGUUUUGCCGAAUCUGCCACACAAACUCUCCACUUUGCUGAGUCCAGUCGAGAGAUAUUUGCCAUGCUUGUCGACUGGGUAUACAAAAAGCAGCUAAACACUCUGGCCGCAUUUGAGCUAGAUGAUCGCAAGAAUCUUCCCGUCGGUAUCGGCUUGAGUACUCUUCAAGGCAGCGAUCUCGAUAUAUAUAUCAGCAAGUCUCAAGAAACUGCCUUCGAACACACCACCAAGCUUAUCAAUCUCUGGUUCCUUGCCGACAAGGUCUUGAUGCCGGAGCUACAAAAUGCCGCUAUCCAGGCUAUUGAGCUUCUCCGAUUCUUCACUCCGUUAGAAGGUGUUCCAGCUGAGAUCUCCAGUGCCGUCUACGAUAAGACACCAAAGGACUCCCCACUUCGCAAGUACUUUUCGUAUACUACACUUCGUCGACUACAUCCUCAGUCAGCAGACAAAGGCGAGGACUUCCAUCCUGACAUGCUCGUCGAUAUCUUUGAUAUCGUCAAGUUAGCUGGAGCUGAUGCUAAGCUACGUCAUUACGGCUUAUCCGAGAAGGCUAUGGAGUCGUUCUUGGUGGAUGUAAAGGGAGGAAGCCAACUAAAGGCUAAUCCUAACACCGUUGCACCUCUUGCUGACGACAUUUGGGUUGGUUUGUGGGAGGUUAGAAGGAAUGCUUUGAAGUUCUAG